AUGAUUAUAAUUUCUGUUGUACUGAUCAAUGGUCAUUGGAUGACGACACAUAAAUAUGAUGAACCACUUAUAGAUUCAAAUAAUUUAUACUACAUGAUGGAAUUACCUAGAGGACUUUUAUGGUAUAAACGUAUUCAUGAACCUACAAGACUAAAAAAGAAGGAUAGAAUACUAAUGUCAGUUAAACGUCCUCAAAAAUCAGCCAACUAUUAUUAUGAUCUUUAUCGACAAUCGAUGUUGCCUGCAAAUGAAUUUCUUGGUUAAAUAGGAUGAAGAAUUUAAAAAAAUCCUGAAUCAAGAUGGUGUAUAUUGUUGAUGAACCUAACUGCAAAGCAUUAUCUUAUACAUUCAUUCAUUCAUAUGUGCGUUGUGUUUUCAAAAAAAAUGUGCCAACUGAAAAUAAACAAAUAAAAUAAAAA